UCAUGUCACCACCAUCAUCUUCACCACACCUCUUGUUUAUCACUUGAGAUAAAGAAUCAAGAAUAGAAGACAUAUAUAUAGAGAGAGAUAGAGAGAAAUUUCAGGGGCGACCUGCGACCAUAUUUUUGAAAAACACAAUUUGGUGGCAAAAAUGGCAAACAAGUUGAGCACGGCUUUGGUUAUAGCAAUGGUUGCAGCUGCUACCAUGUUGCAUGGAUCAUCUGCACAAACCACCCAUGUUGUGGGUGAUACCACCGGCUGGACUAUCCCCGCCAACGGCGCCGCCUCCACUUACUCCACCUGGGCUAGCCGGAACACCUUCACCGUGGGCGAUAUUCUCGUUUUUAGAUUCACCACAGGAGUCCAUGACGUGACCGAAGUGUCGAGGGCUGGUUUUGAUGGAUGCAAUGCCACAAACCCAAUUUCUCAGAACACUAAUGGCCCAGCAAAUAUCACCCUCAGAACUGCUGGCCAGCACUAUUACAUCUGCUCCAUUCCAGGCCACUGUGCGAUUGGCCAAAAGUUGGCUAUAAAUGUCUCCGCCGCCGCUUCAACCGCUCCCGCUCCUCAACCAUCCGUCGCGUCUCCACCGCGUGCCACCCCCGCACCUGUCCCUUCCCAAGCUCCAGCAUCAACCCCAGCCGCCACUCCUUCACCCUCCCCCUCCCCCUCCGGUGGCGCAGCAGCCCAAACCUAUACCGUCGGGGAUAGUUUGGGCUGGACUGUCCCCACCACCGCCGGUUCAAACCCUUACCAAACUUGGGUUAGAAACAAGGAUUUCAAAGUCGGUGACACUUUAGUGUUCAACUUCCCAACUGGAGCCCACAAUGUUGCUGAGGUAAGCAAGUCGGCUUUUGACUCGUGUAGUGGCUCCUCCCCCAUCAGCACCGAAAGCACCGGCCCCGCCAGGAUCGCUCUCGCCACCCCCGGCCAGCAUUUCUAUAUUUGCACCUUCCCUGGCCACUGCUCCGGCGGCAUGAAGCUCGCCGUCAACGUCACCGGCACUGCCUCCCCGCCAUCCUCUGGCCCCGCACCCACCACUCCACCAUCUUCCUCCACCGAUACACCGCCAUCCGUCCCUUCCGCAGAUUCUCCGCCGCCGCCUAGCACCGCCGCACCUUCUAUUGCUAUUGCGGCCUUGCCACUCACUUUUUUGUCGGUUGCCUUAGCUUUCUUGUAUUAGAUUAGACCAUCCAUUUCUAAGUUUUUGCCAUUUACAACUUUUUGUGAGAUUCAUUAUUUUACAUGAUUAUAUAUAUAUAUAUAUAUUUUCCCACUAUAUACAGAUUUGAUUUGUAUUAAUAAACAUUUCUUUUUCAUA